AUGAGGUAUCUUGAUCUGGAUGAUAGAUCAAGGGAGGCAAGGUCACUCACGCGAACCAAAUGUCCAGCUCAGCUUAGGGUAAAGCUUGACUACGGCUGCGAAAGAUGGAAGGUAUCAUGUUUUGUGGAAUCUCACAACCAUGAUCUGACGCCCCCCCAAUUUGCGCAUCUUGUUCCGGCCAAUUGUCGUCUCACUGUUACUGAUAAAGUCCAAGUGGAAAAUCUUCAUAAUUUUGGUGUCAAGACGUGCCAUAUUAUAGGAUACAUUGCGUUCCAGAAAGGUGGAUAUCGUCAUGCUGGCUUCACACGCAAAGAUUUGUACAACCAUAUUAAUUUUUAUCGUAGAUCAAAAGUAAAAAACGGGGAUGCCAAUGCGGCAAUAAACUAUUUGAUUGGCAAGUCAAACAAUGAUCCGCUGUUCUUUGGUUUGUAUAUAUGGGUCAUAUAUACCACAUUCUAG